UUCGCUUAAAAACUACAUCGCGCGUAGGUAUAAUGUUCGUACACGUAAGGAAUAUACAGGUAGUUGCUGCGUUACUAUGCACAAGUCCAAAGAAGAACAAGCCAAUAUUACCAACUCCCAGUAUCAGCGUUCCAGGACGUGUCCGGAGCCACAUCAUUUGUAUUUGGACGGAGACAUGUUCUUACAAGCAUUAAACGGCUUUUUGGUGAUGCUCACCUGUGACGGGGAGGUUUUCUUUGCGACACAUACCAUAGAAAAUUACCUUGGCUUCCAUCAGUCCGACAUUGUUCACCAGUCAGUUUACGAACUAGUGCAUUCCGAGGACCGAGAGGAGUUGCAGAGACAGCUCAUGUGGAAUUCUGCCAUACCCACGGAACCGGGGUCGCCGUCUCCGUCCAUCACAUUGCACGAGGCCUUGCACCCGGAUAACGGCCGUCUGUUGCAACGUAGUUUCACCAUCCGUUUCCGGUGUCUGUUGGACAACACUUCCGGUUUUUUGAGACUAGACGUCCGUGGAAGGAUAAAAGUAAUUCAUGGCCAAAACCGCAAGUCAGAYGAACCACCACCAUUGGGCCUUUUCGCGCUAUGCACGCCGUUUGGCCCACCGUCUUUACUUGAAAUACCGCACAAGGAAGUCAUGUUUAAGAGUAAACAUAAAUURGAUCUCAGCCUAGUGUCUAUGGACCAAAGAGGCAAGUUAUUAUUAGGUUAUUGUGAUUCCGAACUCGCCAAUAUGGGAGGAUAUGACUUAGUCCAUUAUGACGAUUUAGCGUACGUGGCCAGCGCCCAUCAAGAAUUGUUAAAGACUGGAGCAUCGGGAAUGAUUGCCUAUAGGGUUCAGACCAAACCGGGCACGUGGCAAUGGCUACAGACUAGUUCUAGACUAGUUUAUAAAAACUCAAAACCUGACUUUGUGAUAGGCACGCACAGACCUUUGAUGGAAGAAGAAGGCCGCGAUCUGUUGGGUAAGCGGACCAUGGAUUUUAAGGUCAGUUACUUGGACGCGGGACUGACGAAUAGUUACUUCAGCGAUUCGGAACAGCUGUCCGGCUCGUUGACGACGUCCACCACCGCGACGUCCACCACCGGCGCCGGAACAACCGGGUCGCCCGGUCAAACGCAACCGUCGCAGCCUAGACGCCGAUACAAAACGCACCUACGAGACUUUCUGUCUACAUGCCGGACGAAACGGAAACUGUCGGCGAGCACCGCGACUCCGGCACCGACUGUGGCGGCAACCGUGGCCAUCGAUUAUCCGGCGGCCGUUCAGGCACCUUCGGCGCACACGGCACCGCCGCCAACCGCCGACGUCCUUUACACGAACUUAAACACGGCGGCGCUGUAUUCGGCCGGACCGUACAAUGGGGCAGUUGUCGCUGAUAACGGUGGAUACCACCAGACGAAUUUCCAUCAGACCCUCUACGACACUCGAAUACCGUACCUGACGGCCACAGACAACCUGUUCCAAUAUAGGCCUUUGGGCAACUACUACACCGAAUACCAUACACCGGCCACUACACCAUACAUGGGCAAUGGAUUUUUAGACAUUAGUCCCAGGGGACCCGUACAGUGUGGUCUGCCCACAUACGAUCAGCUGACCACGGUGACUGUGGGUGGCAGGGAAUGCGGAGACAAGUUGUACGGAUCGCCACCAGUGGUGUCGAUGGAUCAUCACCAACAACAACAGCAGCAGCAGCAGCAGCACCUACACCACCACCAUCACCACCACCAGCAGCAGCAGCAGCAACAACAGAGCGGCGAAGACAACAUAGGAAAAUGUCAUAUGGACACCUCUACAGCCGCCGCCGCCGGUUUACCGUACCUGAUACCAUUGUGCGACGUUCAGUUCCGCACGAAGAGCUCCUCGCCACCGGUGCCGAAUGGUCUGAAAAUCGAAGACUCAAAAUCUGAGUACGGAAUGCAAUCGUCUGAUUCGGAUGUCCCCAGGCAAACGGUACUCAUGUGGGGCACGUGUGUUGGGGACUCUUCGUCGUCGUCGCCGCCCAACCAAUCGCCGGGCGGCGGCGGCAACGGUGUUAAUAAUAGUAACGGAGGCGGCGGCGGCGGCGUUGGCGGCGGUGUUAAUGGCAGUGGCAGUGGAACGGGAGGAGGUGGUGCUGGUUGUGCUAACGGUGGUGCUGGUGGUGGUGCCAGCGUUACUGGGAAUGUAGGUAGUGGUAGUGCCGGUGGUGACAGUGGUGGUGAUCCGAGGACGUCACCACARAUCAACGGCCAUCCACCGUCGCCGUACGUGCAGCGGAAGAAAAUGUCACCACCCGCGCCGCAACAGCCACCAACCGGAAGUCCAUCCGACCAGCUUUGCAAGUCACAUCUACAAUCGGACAUGCCAGACACACCGCCAAGCCCGACGGCAGCGGCCGCAGCAGCGGCAGCCGCGUACGCUAACCACCAUCACUACCAUCACCAAAACCAGUAUCAUCACCACCAUCAUCAUCAGCAGCAUCAUCUGACCGGGGGCCCUGAGGUAUGGACACCCCCGCACGCGCACCCACCACCAMCACCACCUCCACCGCACCACUUCUAUGCUUAUCACCACCACCACAGCAGCAGCAACAGCAACAGCAACAACAACAACAACAACAMCACCACCAUCACCACCUCCACCACCAACAGCAGCACCAGCAGCAGCAGCAGCAGCAGCAGCAACAGCAGCARCAGCAGCAGCAGCAGCAUGGUCGAUGCCUAUCAUCACGAUCCGUACCACCACAACAACUACUAUCAUCUGUACAAUCCCACUGCUCACCACCAAACCGCUGUAAUGCCGGCCCCGGCUCAGUACCCGAGUCCGUCUCAGUCGCGGUUAAAUCACAGGACUGCAGUCCUCUGUUGUCCAUCUCGGAGGUGACCAACACGCUGUUAAACCAGUAAUAUUAACAAUGGAAAUGCGCGUACCAACCGACUCGUUUUAUUAAUAAAAUAUUAAUAUAUUAUAUACAGCCGUUUGUCACACGUCUUUUUAUAUUAUGUAGGUAACCAAGUUGUCCAUAUUAUGUAUAAGUUCUAAGCAGGACCGUAUUAGUAAAGCAUAGCUUUUCAACGAUAUACCACUUGAGUCGUAUUCGGAAGAAAGGUUUUUUAUUGCGCGACGAGAGUGAUAUUAUCGCGGGGAAGCAACGAUAUGUACUUAUCAUAUUAUUUACGGCGGUAACAAACGGGUUUCUGACACUCUACACAACGUAGGUACGCCCAUAGACAUAUUUAAACAACUUGAUGGCCGACUUUGAAGUUAAAUCGCCAUAUGCCUAAACGGCAAUGUUUACAUUUUUAUGUGAUAACAAUAUUUGAUAACAACAAAAAUGUGUUUACAACUCGGUAGAAAAUAGUAAUUUAUAAUGGUUUUUUCCGUUAUCAAUAUCGUGUUAUCACAUAAAAAUGUAAACAUUGCCGUUUAGGCAAAUGGCGGACAAACUUCAAAAUUCUGUACAGUAUUUGGGGAUAGUCGGCUAUCUAGUUGUUUAUAUAUGGUCGAAGGGAACACCUCUAUUAUAUUACUGAUUUCGUCGUUGGUUCGGCCCACAAUAUUAUGUUGAUUUUAUUAUUAUUCAAAUAAAAUAUUAUAUCAUUUAUUACUCACUAAAUGAUAUCAUCAUGAAAAUAAUUUCUUACUUUAUAUUUCUCUCCAGACUUUUGCUCUUCUAUUUUAAUAUUAUGUAAUUCAUUGCACAAAAACUGAUUAUUAUCAAAACAUGUUUUCGUAUAAACCACUCCCUUAUAUUAUAUUUAAAACUUGUAUUUUUUUCAUUGUAAAAUCGAUUUAUUUUAGUUUUUAUGGUUUGUUUCUGUGAUACGAAUAGGCUACAAUAAUGAUAUUGUAAUUUUUGUGAAACUAUUCGCGCUGUGUUUCGUAGACGUAACCUAGUUUGUAUUUUUACAGUAAUAAUUAUUUUCGAUCGCUUCGACAUGUAAAGUUUUUUCUUAUUGGACAGAUCAUAAGAUUAUACAUUAUAAUAUAUACAUGUAUACCAUAUACAUUACAUUGCUUGUAAAA